AUGAACAAAGCAAUUUCUUCUCUAGGUGGAAAUAACGCACUUUCUUAUAUGCACCAUCUAAACGAACGUGUAACAACCGUUGGCCAAGCUUUAUUAGUUCUAAAUAAAAUUAAAAAGCAAUUUGAAAAAGACUACAGGCAUAUGUUGGGCGAAUUGAAAGCAUUGAAAGUUCCUGUAACAACAUGUACAAUCUACAAUCCACGUUUUCCUGAAUCCGAAGAACAAAUUAGUUGUGAAACAGGUUUAUCUGCUCUAAAUGAUGUGAUUGUAACUGAAUCAUCGAAACUUGGUAUUCCUGUGAUCGAUUUGAAAAGCCUUUUCAAUGAUCGAAACGAUUAUGCUAAUGCUAUCGAGCCUGACGUACAAGGUGGAGCAAAAAUUGUCGAAAAUAUUGUCUACGUUGUCAACCAUCAUCGAUUCGACGAGAACAUUUGUUCAAUAUACGCUAAAACCAUAUCUUAA